AUGCCCCAGACCUGCUCCAAGCCCUCGGACAUGGCCGAGCUGGUCAGCGGCCAGGGCUGGAUGGACGCGACGCCGGCGGCCAAGGCCGACCCCAAGGAUGGUGACACCAGGACCGUCCCCUUCGCGCUGGCGCCGGCCCUGACCGAGGAACGCGACAGCGCAGAGGAGGAGGAGGAAGAGGAGGAGGAGGAAGGCGAGAAGCCCAAGAGGAGAGGCCCCAAGAAGAAGAAGAUGACCAAGGCCAGGCUGGAGCGGUUCCGGGCGCGGCGGGUCAAGGCCAACGCCCGGGAGCGCACGCGGAUGCACGGCCUGAACGACGCCCUGGACAACCUGCGCAGGGUCAUGCCCUGCUACUCCAAAACCCAGAAGCUCUCCAAGAUCGAGACGCUGCGCCUGGCCAGGAACUACAUCUGGGCCCUGUCCGAGGUGCUGGAGACGGGGCAGACGCCCGAGGGGAAGAGCUUCGUGGAGAUGCUCUGCAAGGGGCUGUCGCAGCCCACCAGCAACCUGGUGGCCGGGUGCCUGCAGCUGGGCCCGCAGCCGCUCUUCCUGGAGAAGCACGAGGAGAAAGCCCCGGCCUGUGAAUCAGCCCUGGCCGGCCACUCCUUCGCCUACCAGGGGCUGCCCAGCCCGCCCUACGGCUCCAUGGAGUCCCACCUGCUGCACCUGAAGGCGCCGCCGGCCUUCAAGAGCCUGGUGGAGGCUUCCUUCGGGAGCCACCACCCCUCGGACUGCUCCACGCCGCCCUACGAGGGGCCGCUGACGCCGCCGCUGAGCGUCGGAGGGAACUUCUCGCUGAAGCAGGACGGGUCUCCGGAGCUGGACAAGUCCUACCCCUACCACUACCCCUCGGUGGGGCUGGCCGGAGCCCACGGGCACGGCUCGCACUUCCAGAGCUCCGUGGCGCGCUACGAGAUCCCGCUGGACGUCGCCUACGAGGCCUUCCCGCCCCACGUGGCCGCGCCCCAGCUCGGGGCCAUCUUCAACGAGUAA